AUGUUUGAUAGCAAUGCUGCCCUGGAACAACACACGGCAGCGAAGCACGGAGAAACGCCCAAUGCGGAGCAUAUCACUCUCAUGGAUGUGCCUGUGGGAAAAACUGCUGAAAAUGAGCGCUGGUCCAUAAUACCAAUUGAUGAACAUAGAGAGCAAUGGGACCUUCUUUCCCAGAGCUGCCACUCGCUUAGUGAGCUCCCUCAGUCUUACCGACGGGAGAAGUUCAGAAGAGACGAAAUAGAUGGCUAUAGCCGCUGCAGGAAUUGCAAGGGAGUAAAACGGCGCGUGGAAGGGAAAAUUGGUUGCGCUUACCACACCAGAGGCCUCUCCAAGAAGAACAGUAACGAGAAACCCAUGUACCUCUGUUGCAAUACCAAAAAUGCAGGAUGUGUUACCGCUACAUCUCAUGAAUACGUGCCCCCUGGGAAACUUCUUUCUAUUAAGCUCCAGAAGUUCAAAGCCACCCCGGAUAGACAGUACAAAAAUCCCCGUGAAUGUGUCGCCAUCGCGCUUGAUUGCGAAAUGGUUAGUACUAUUGCUGGUCAGUAUCCAGUCAGUAUCAGCGCCAUCGACUAUCUCACCGGGAGUGUUCUCAUCAACUACCUUAUCAAACCAUCAGUGCGGGUAUUAGACUGGCGUACAAAAUUUAGUGGCAUUACAGAGGCAAUGGUUACACAAGCGGUGACAGAUGGAACAGCCCUCCCGCACUGGGAAGCUGCCCGAGCUUUACUCUGGACAUAUAUGACCCCGCAAACCAUCCUGAUCGGCCAAUCCCUGUCCAACGACUUGAACGCCUUGGGAAUGGUGCACACUCGAGUCGUUGACUCGGAGAUUCUGACAAGACAUGCCGUGGGCAAGGAAUUCGCGCGUUCUUGGGGCCUGAAAAGGUUAUGUGGGUUAUUUUUAGGCAUCACAAUCCAGGAAGGGGAAGGACAUGAUAGUCUAGAAGAUGCUUUUGCUGCGCGUGAAGUUGUGUUGUGGUGCCUGAAUAACACAGAAAAGCUCGCGGCCUGGGCGGGGGAGCAACGCAACGCACUCAUUCAAGAACAGAAUGCCGCCAAAGAACGCGCAAAGAUCAAAGAAGCCAAAAAAGAAGCUAAAGGGAAGGCCAAGGAAAAUGAACAUUUAGUGCAAGAAAAAGAGAACAAACAGCCUGCAGAGUAA